CUCAUUUCCGUGCGUGAUGCGCAGGAAAGUUCAGCCGCACACAGGUGGAGGACACAGCAGCUGACUGAGGGGCAGGAGGAGGGGAAGGGGCAGGAUCAGGGGCAGGAUCAGGCUCCCUGGCUGGUGGUGGUGGUAGUAGAGGUGUUGGAGGUGUUUCUCCUCCGUCCGACUCGCAGUCAAGUCCACCGGAGGGAAGCUGCGACGCAAGCCGCCGCCGCCGCCGCUGCUGCUGAGCCCCGGCACAGAGCAGCCUAUUCGUCCUGUCUGGGAGUUUAUCCAUACAACCAGCUGACUGAGCCGUGCUCUCCGCAAUCCUGGACGACUGAGUUAUUACGGAGCACCGUAACUGACUGCUUGUUGUUUUGUUUUGUUUUUUUCUUUUUUAAAAAAUGUCCAUAUUACCGUUCACCCCUCCAAUCGUGAAGAGGCUCCUGGGCUGGAAGAAAGGAGAGCAGAACGGGCAGGAGGAGAAAUGGUGCGAAAAGGCUGUCAAAAGUCUGGUGAAGAAGUUGAAAAAGACGGGGCAGCUGGAGGAGUUGGAGAAAUCCAUCACCACGCAGAAUGUCAACACGAAAUGCUUAACCAUACCCAGGUCUCUAGAUGGACGCCUGCAGGUCUCCCACAGAAAAGGUCUUCCCCACGUGAUCUACUGUCGCUUGUGGCGCUGGCCAGACCUGCAGUCCCACCAUGAGCUGAGGGCUGUCGACCACUGUGAAUUCGCCUUUCACACCAAGAAGGAUGAAGUGUGUGUCAACCCAUACCACUACCAGAGGGUGGAGACGCCAAUUUUGCCUCCUGUCUUAGUGCCACGACAUACAGAUAUCCCCGCUGAGUUCCCACCGCUGGAUGACUACAGCCCAUCCAUCCCUGAAAACACCAAUUUCCCCGCCGGCAUUGAGCCUCAGAGUAACUAUAUUCCUGAAACUCCCCCACCGGGGUACUUGAGUGAGGAUGGUGAGACAAACGACCACCAGCUCAAUCACAGCAUGGACACGGGUUCACCCAGCCUGUCGCCCAAUCCUUUGUCACCCGCAAACAGUAAUCUUGACUUACAACCUGUGACGUACUGUGAAUCUGCCUUCUGGUGCUCAAUCUCCUACUACGAGCUGAACCAGCGCGUGGGAGAGACCUUCCACGCGUCCCAGCCGUCUCUUACAGUCGACGGGUUCACAGAUCCCUCCAACUCGGAACGCUUCUGUCUGGGCUUGUUGUCCAACGUCAACCGCAACUCUGCAGUGGAGCUCACACGCAGGCACAUAGGACGGGGCGUCAGGUUGUACUACAUCGGGGGAGAAGUGUUCGCGGAGUGUCUCAGUGACAGUGCCAUCUUUGUCCAAAGUCCCAACUGCAACCAGCGCUACGGCUGGCAUCCUGCCACCGUGUGCAAAAUACCCCCAGGCUGCAAUCUUAAGAUCUUCAACAACCAGGAGUUUGCUGCCCUGCUCGCCCAGUCAGUCAACCAGGGCUUCGAGGCCGUCUACCAGCUCACCAGGAUGUGCACCAUUCGCAUGAGUUUCGUGAAAGGUUGGGGAGCUGAGUACAGACGUCAGACAGUGACCAGCACCCCCUGCUGGAUAGAGCUGCAUCUUAACGGUCCCCUGCAGUGGCUGGACAAGGUCCUCACGCAGAUGGGCUCUCCCAGCAUCCACUGCUCCAGCGUGUCCUAGGAGCCGCGCGCGCACGUCCCACCCACACUUAAACACAUAGGAAAGCUCGAGCACUUGUCAGCGAUGAUAAGAAGAGACGCACCAUUCAUCAAGUCAUAAAAAACACGACCCCCCCUCGCUGUGUCAUACAUUUCUCAUUACGUGUACAGCACUUUCUUUAGUGUUUCCAUUUAAUAGUUAUUUUCCAAUUUUUUGACAUGUUUUCAACAGACGGCCACGUGGUGUUUGCAGUAGGUUUCACAGGGAGAAAAAAAAAAAGUGCAUUGUGUUCAUUUUUCAUUCAGACAUUAUGCCCAGGGUUGUGGACUGAAAGAUUGGUUUCCCAAGUUGAAGUCGAGGCACAGUUUCAGCUUGGCCAUCAAAACAUUUUUGAUUCUAUGAAUUAACGAAGAUUAGGAGUACGCUUCCAUCAUUGGUGUUUCAGUGACCCAGUACCACUCUUUGUAAUCACUGAGAGGCCUAUUUAUCAAUUGAACCAUGAAUUAACAUUAAAAAAUGUUAUUCUCUGUAGUCAUUUAAUAGAAUAUAUUUAAUAAUUUAACUACAAGGUACUGUACUAUAUUGAUUUAGAUGCAUUGAUGUAAGCAUCAAUUAUCUAAUUGAUCAUUUAAUUGGUAUUUUAUCUAUUUAAAAAAAAAAGAGAGACAGCACCAUUGUUGUCUGUAAAAGAACCUUGUAUGAAAACUAUUUUGCUCAGUGAAAGAGACAUUUUAUAAGUUAUUUUUGCAUAUUGUCCUGCAUGGGAAUAUAUUUUUAUUAUUGCCUCAAUACAAUUGUACAUAAAUAUUUAUAGCUUGUGAUUUCUCGUAGUCAUGCUUUGCUUGAACCACUGGACCUGGCUGACCUUUGGCAUGGGCGGAUUCACAGUAAGACUUUGCUUUAACGACCCAGAACUUGGCAAGCACGAGUUUUCAGACCAAUUAGCUCUUAGUUGUGUGACACACAGGAUCACUGCACCACCGUUACUUCAUGACAUAUGUGACAUACAGUAUGAGGCAUCAUAGCGGACCGACUGAAUUUAGGCGCGGCGUGACUUCAGUGUGAAGCUCACGACGAGGACUGUGGUUCAUCCAUUUGACGGCAUGUGGAAUGAAAACAAAAACGCAGGUCUUCUAAUGUAGUAUCACCUGUUAAUCAAUAGUACACUCUGCUCCUCGUGGGUAAAUGAUGCACUUCCAGUUUACUGUGUUGAUCAGCGUAAAGCUUUAGUUGUAGUGGAAAAUUUGCUUGUCCGACAAAUACUGUAUAUUACAUGUACAUUGCUACGAUAUAAGGCAUGUGUAAUAAGCUCACUGUCCUUGGUCAUUGUCUUGAAACCACCAUGUUAAUCCUGCACCUACUUACAGUACAACACAUAAGACUGAGUCACCGUGUAAUCUAUUUAAAACAGUUACGCGUAGCUAAAUUAAAAUACAGUGUGCGACAGUGCAUUAGGUAGAUGGUAGAUCUGUAUCAGUACUUGUGUUCCUUGAUAUUCUUACUUGGUGGUUCUCUGUUCCAAGUCUUACAUACAUGUUUUUUUUUCAUGUAGCCUAUUAUUUGUUCUCAGAUGACCAUUGUUUUACCUGUGACAUUUUAAUAAAUUGCAACAGAGUAA